GAACCCAAACAAGUCCCUUCUUUGCAGCCUGACCAACCCAGAUGGAGUGAAAUUCUGUGCAGAUUUAAAUCUGUGGUGCCCAACCAGCAACCCCCAGGGCAGAACAUGGCCAUCCAGAAAUGAAUUGCAAUGUGAAUGUCAUCAAACGAGAAAACCGCUGAAGACAUGGUUAGGCAUAGCAAUUGUACUUAUUCAGUGUAAUAUUAACCGGGUUUAAAUUAAAUGAACUCCAAUUUAGUUUUCCAGCUGUGUGUAUUUUUUGGAUUGCAUCUGUGCCACUGCACUUAGAGAACAAGUGGAGCCCUCAGUCCAAAUAAGGCUGUGGAUCCCUGCCUCAAACGGGAAAAUCAAGUGAUUCAUUGUAGGGAAAGAAGAAAUUCCCACCCAUUCCUAUGCACCAGAAGGAGCUUUUCUAAAGAAAGAAAGAAAAAUAAAACACUGCAAAGAAGUAAAACAACAAAUGAAUUUUAUUGCUGCAACAAAGAAAUUUGUGGACAAUAUAUGCAAAAAUGGGCCAAGGCACAGAUGCUGUAAGCACUACGAAGAUAAUUGCAUCUCAUAUUGCAUUAAAGGCUUCAUUAGGAUGUUUAGCAUCGGUUACUUGAUCCAGUGUUGCCUUCGCAUCCCAUCAGCAUUCCGACAUCUGUUUACGAAACCUUCCCGGCUGCUCUCACUCGUCUACAACAAAGAAAAUGUCCAGCUUGGAGCGUUCCUUGGGUCAUUUGUCAGUAUAUACAAAGGUACAAGCUGUUUCCUGCGAUGGGUACGGAACUUGGAUGAUGAAGUACAUGCACUCAUUGCAGGGUCCCUGGCAGGAUUGUCAAUGAUGUUUUACAGAAGUACAACUAUUUCAAUGUACCUGGCUUCCAAACUAGUAGAGGCCAUGUAUUUCAAAGGCAUUGAAGCUGGAAAGGUUCCUUAUUUCCCUCAUGCAGACAGUGUAAUCUAUGCUGUGUCCGCAGCCAUCUGCUUCCAAGCAGCUGUGAUGGAAGUUCAGAACCUGAGACCUUCAUACUGGAAAUUCCUACUGCGAUUAACAAAAGGAAGAUUUGCUCUCAUGAACAGAAAAAUACUGGAUGUAUUUGGUACUGAAGCAUCUAUGCAUUUUAAGGAUUUCAUUCCAAAACUCGAUCCAAGAUACACCACUGUUCCACCAGAGAUACCUAUUGAAAAGUCUUGGAACUGAUACAUCAAGUUCAUUAUGUACAUACAUUAUGAGACAUACAUUAUGUCUCACCAAUGGCUGUCCUAAAGAGUUAAUUAACUUAACAGUCAAAUAGAUGGAAGAGUGCUUGUGUUCCACAUCAGUAUUGUUUCAGUGAAUUAUGUUACACAAUCAAAAUACUGAAACACCAUUGCAAGGUGUGGCUUAAUUCCACUUCCCUUCUUAGAUAGAAGCUCUGGAUCACUGUGGCUGGUUGACACUGGUAGAUUUUUUAAUUGCAUUAUAUAUCAAUGGAUUAAUAUAUGAAAGAGAAAAUUUUUAAAAAUGCCCAGAUAUGGUUUCAAAGGUAUGCAUCCACAAUUCACUUUGAUUCAUUCCAGUAAGUAGCCUUUUUAAAAAUGAUAUUUUUACAUUUAGAAAUAAAAGAUACAUGAAACAUAUAUGUAUAUGUAUGCUAUAGUUCCAAAUCAGAUUCUAGCAGAAAAAAAUUUCUUUAGAUAGAUUUUUUUAAAAAAAAGAUUAUUAUGGUUCUGACAAUUGUUUAAAGAGGCAAUAUCAGUACCUUAUUUAUAUAACUGCACUGUUUAUAUCCAACUUUAGCUUUGAACACUGCCUUCUAAGAGUAUCAGCUCUACAAAAUCCAGUUGCACGUUGAGAGAUUGGGGGGGGGGUUGGGCAUUUAGCCUUUUUAAGAGAUCUUGUAAAAAUAAUAGAAAACUAUCACCGCCAGAUGGAAUAUAGCAGUUUUCUGUUUUUGCAGUACAUGAUUUGAAGAGAAAAAAUUAAAAUAUUCAAACAAAGUUCUUGAGAAAGUGGAUCUGCCCCUGAAUAUACAACUGUCAUGAUUUUAUAAACUUGAGUGUAAUGUUGGUUUCCAGUAACCUUUAAAGUGAAUCCAAGUCCCUACAUUUAAUGGGUAAAAUAAAAUAAUGGAUAAAAUAAAACAGGUGAAUAUGUUAAGAACAUUGGUGAUACCUACUUCUACAGACUGUUUUAGCUGAUUUUCUGAAAGCAUUGUAGACAGAUCAGGACAUGAUAUUUUAUGUAAGCUGGUCAUUGCACAAAGCCACUUCUCUUGUUUGCCACAUUCCCAUUUGAUUAUCUGAUUCUGGUUUAACAGUCAUCUUAAUACAGCUGCACAUGAACUGCAGUGAGGGAUUUUUAAAGCAUUUGAGAGAUCCAAAAAAAGCUAUUCAGAUACAUAUGCUUUGACAAAAGCUGAAAUAUCUGUGAUCAAAAGUACCAGAAAGAGAGAGAGAGAGAGAGAUUGUUCGGAAGUAGAUUAAAUUUCUGUAAACUAUUUUUCCAUCUACUGUAUGAUUGUGAAUAUGCACAAAAAUUACCCAGUAUUCUUAUUUCAUUCACUAUAACAGUGUUGUUGCAUUCACUAACAAUAGUAGCAUAAGACUUUAUUUUGAUCCGAAGGAAUUUGUCAGAACUGUCAUUCAGGAUGGAUGUUAUAAGGGAAGUGGGAUGGAAAAAAUGUUCCUGGACUAUUAUCUAUAUCACAUCAUACCUUGGAGCAGCUCUUUCUCUUUCCGGUCUGAAACAAUAUUUCAAUCCAAGUUUGCUCUUAUAUUAUGCUCCAGUUGUUGUUGGACUGACUGUAUUUAUUAUUUUCAUGGGAGAAUGAAAUGAUAUGUCAGUCUUUUAAGAGACUAUUGAUCAUGCUUGUUGUUCAGUAUUAUCUUUAAUUUUUUUUCCUCAUGUGCUAGAUUUUAAUUCCAGUUUUGUCAAACCAUUUUGAAUCCACUCCCGCCCUGAGGUGUGGACCAAAAGGUUGUUUAAAUCUGAUGGUUGCAUUACUAAUAUUGUCACUGCCAGUUGUGUGAUGGAAGUGAUGCAUGGUCAACUGCUAAAUGAGCAGAAAUUUUGAAUGUCCCAUGUAGUGGUGAGUAGUGAACCACCUGAUCAGUAUCGCCUAUGAAGAGCUAUAGAGCAAGUACGUCGCAAAAGUAAACCUAGAACUCAGGGAUCUAUCCAACUCCCAUCUCAUGUGUUUGCCUGUGACUAUGAAGUCUGCUGAAAUAGUUGGAGGAACCUCGAUACUGGUACAAUACCAGUAUCAAAAAAAUAAAAAUAGUAUAAGAAUCCCCUUUGGGCAUAUGUUAAUGGCUGGUCAGCAUUUAUUUUUAAUUUUAUCUACAAACAUCAGUAUUUCUUUCAUCUGAACAUCCUCCAUAAUUUCUUGAAGAGAAAAGCUUUUAUGGCAUCAAGAAAUUAACUUGGUGGCUGGGAAAUCUGAGGGAGGGGGUAGAGGUCAUCUGUAGUCUGCACUGGGUGUGAAGGAGCCAGAACGAUGCUUAGCAAUGCCCAAGAGUUGGAGCAUUUUCCUCAUACUCUUUUUUACUUAGGACAGUAUGGGAGGGUAGCAUGAAAGGAUAGAAAGAAGGGGAAUGGGGGGGAGGGACCAAGUGCAGAGGAUUCCAGCUGACUGGAGCUGAGGAGGGAGAGAUUUAUGAUGUACCACAGACCCAAGUUUUUUGGAUGCUUAUAGUUAUUGUGUGAUUGAUUGAUUGAUUGAUUGAUUGAUCGAUCACAUUUAUAUCCCGCUGCAAUCCAAAAACUCUCAGCAGCUUCCAUGAUGCAAAAAUUAAUUUAAACCUCCAAGGUACAUUAAACAUAAAAAAUUAAACCAUAAAAUCAUAAACCAAUAAAUCAUCUCAGCCACAAUCACAAAAAUAAAAUGAAGGCCUAGAAUAAAAGAAGAUGCAAGUCAUGAACUAAGCUGGAACUCUUCCCCCAAGGGAGCUCAGUUUUUAAAAUCUUUCUAAAAGGCAUCAGGGAGGGGGCUGAUCCAAACUCCCCUCGGUGGCCAUUCCAAAGCAUUGGUGCUGCCACUGAAAAGCAGUGUCUUCUAGCUUCCGCUCCAUUCAUCUGGAAGUAAAGGACCACCAGGAGCUUCUCCCUAGAUAACCUUGGUAAGUUCAGCUGAUUCAGGUUGGAGCAGGUGGUCCUGUAAGAUAGCCAGGUGCCAAGGCAAAAAAGCCAUUUUGGGAUACAUAACAAAAGGGAAGACCCAGGGAAACAAGUUUGGAAAUGCAUGGGCAUUCUCCUGUGGAAGUAUCUGUUUCCUAGUUGGCUUCAUUUUGAAGUCUCUUCAGCAUUCUCAGACUCAUUAGUCUGAGAGAUGCAAAUGAAGGAUUUAAACUUUGCAAGGAUUAAUGGUCUUUUUGGAUUAAGGCAGAUCUUUAUAUUUGAGCCUAGAUUUUUUAAUGUUUCUUCAUAAAGCUUACUAUAUUUAUUGUAAGAUUUUUUCAGGUAGGCUCAAAUUGCCUGUAGCAGAACGUUGUUGAGCUUUAUUGAAAUAGAAUCACUUCAGCAACUGAAAAUCAUCUGUGCCACUGCAACUCACAGAAGAUUGAGUUCUAAAACCCACUGAUUUCAUCCAUUAUCAUAGAUGUUUCCUAGAGCUGUGUCAGAUGUGUGUUAGUGAAAACUGACUUUUAGGGAGACACUUAUGUCUGAGAGAACAACUCUCUCUCUCUCUCUCUCUCUCUCUCUCUCUCUCUCUCUCUCUCUCUCUCUCUCUCUCUCUGUCUCUCUCUCUCUCUCUCUCUGUCUCUCUGUCUCUCUCUCCCUUUCACUGGGGAAAAACCCAUCUUACUCUGGGUAAAACACUGGUGAAAAAAAGGUGUUGAACUUUGCACAUUGUGGCAAACUUUUGAGUGGGAGUUGCAAAUACUUUAUGUGCAAUGCAAUUUGAUUCUCCAGUUCAGGGGAUAACAUGUCUAUAAACAGUUUUUACAUUUUUAGUCUUGCCUCCUAUUUAUACAUAUAAUGGCUUUCUCCAACCUGGUGCCCCCCAAAAGCAUAAUUCUCUAACAUGAUCAAAUGGGAGUUGAAAUCCAACAGGUCUGGAGGGAAUCGGGCGAGGGAAGGCUGAUCUUUAACAGAGAUUUAAGCAUGUUGUGUGAAAAUAAAAUAUGAUUGCCAGAGAUAGCAAAAGAGAGGGGGAGAGAGAAUGAUAUAUUUCCUGCGUUGUUGUUAUUGUAAGAAGAUGGGAGGUGUUCAUUUCCCUUGCUAGGGAACGCAUUCCUUCAUCAGGUGAGUGUACAUCCUCCUUGGAAUUAUGGAAAAGAAGGGGAAGUCCCUUUUUUAAAAAAAACCUCUUUGCUUCAACAACAAAAUUUCCAAAUAAAUAUGCUUAGGAGUUAGGAUCUAGUAUACAUGUUAGGCGUUAGGACUUUCCUAUGUAAUUCACUGGAAAAUCUUUAGCAGUGUAUCUUGCAGGAAGCACUUCUACCAAAUUCAUAGUGAUGAUGGAUUUUUGUGUAACAUGAAAGAAUUAAAAAAUGAAGGACUGAAGUUAUUGUUUUGACUGGAAAAGUUGGAAAUAAACAGUGAGCUCUA